AUUACACAAGGACAUAAGUGAUUAGUAGGGAAAAUUUCGACUGUAAAUUAGACAUUUAAGCUUGCAAAACAUGUCUGAAGGCUUCCUGUGAACUGUGGCAGCAACAUGAAACAUCUUUAAGUAGCUUUAAGGCUGAAGUAAUUUCUUUUUCCUUUUACCAGCUGUAGAGAUUGGAGACCGUGAUCAAGCAAGGACAUCUGAUGCUUGAUCAUUGUCUGAAGUGCUGAAAGAUGUUCAGCAAACUAGGCUGGGUUAUUUUCUUCAUGCAGUCUGGCCUUAUAGAAGGUCAGUGGUGGUGGCAACGGCUAUGGGGCCUCACUGAAACAACAACUACACCUGUAACUAGCAUUGUCAAUACUGUUUCUUUAAAAGAAAGCACAGAUAAGGGACACUUACCAGGUGGAGUGUCUCUGAGUCAGACUGCAGUUAGCACAAGGUCUCCUGCAAGGUGGAUCACUUCAGCUACAUCUUUUGAUGUCACUGCAGCUUCUCAUGAAUCUGCUUCACCAGGUCAAGAAACAGUAAUUUAUUUUUCUAAGGAAAAAGUUAUUGCGGAACUGGACUUAAAGACAGCGGAGAAAAUAAGUCAGUGGAAUCAAAAGAAAGCAGAACGGGGAUUAAAAGGUCACCUAGACCUCACAGAGCUAAUAGGAGUUCCACUUCCACCAUCUGUCUACUUUAUCACUGGCUAUGGUGGAUUUCCAGCUUACAGUUUUGGACCAGAAGCUAACAUUGGUCGCCUGACAAGGGCUUUAAUACCACAGCCUUUCUAUAGAGAUUUUGCUAUUGUAGUGACAGUAAAACCAAACAGCAACCAUGGAGGUGUACUAUUUGCAAUAACAGAUGCCUUCCAGAAAACUAUAUACUUGGGAAUGAGACUAUCCCCAGUUGAUGAUGGCACCCAAAGAAUAAUCAUGUACUACACAGAGCCUGGUUCACACAUUUCCCGCGAGGCUGCUUCGUUUAAAGUUUCAGUGAUGACUAACAAAUGGAAUCGGUUUACGGUGACUGUUCAGGGAAAUGAUACGGCUCUGUUCAUGGACUGUGAAGAAUAUCAGAGAGUUCAGUUUCAGAGGUCAGCUCAGCCCUUGGAAUUUGACUCCAGCUCUGGUAUAUUUGUUGGAAAUGCAGGAGCAACAGGAUUGGAAAAAUUCACAGGCUCAGUUCAACAACUAACAAUCAAACCAGACCCAAGGGCUACUGAAGACCAAUGUGAAGAUGAUGAUCCAUAUGCAUCAGGAGAUACCAGUGGCAAUGGCAGCAUUCAAGAACAGGAAGGAGUUCCUGAGACACAAGAAGCCAUUGCAUCAUCUCAGCCUCCACCUGAUGACACAACUGCUGAGCCAGUGGAACCACCCCCAACCGUGUCCCCUCAUUCUGAAGAAAUGGAUUUCUCAGGACAUCAUAUAUUAGAGGAAACAUCUGUAGCACCUACAAUCAAAAAACAAGGUUCAGAUGAUGAAGGAAAUGAUCAACAUGAAAAUGAAACUCCCAUUGAUACUCAGGAAAUCUUAAAGCCAGAAGUUGGUUCUGGAGCUCAUAUUUUGCAAGGAGCAAGCAGAGAAAAGAGUCAAAAAGGUGAGAAAGGUCAAAAAGGAGUUCAAGGCCCAGCAGGGCCCCCAGGGAAGUCAGGACUGAAAGAAAUGCAGACAGGGAUUCAAGGACCUCCUGGACUCCCAGGCAACCCUGGGCAAGAUGGCCAACCUGGUAAAAGAGGGCUUCAAGGAGUGCCUGGGAUGAAAGGAGAGAUGGGCAUGAAAGGAGAAAAGGGUGAUCCUGGUGUAGGACUACCAGGGCCACCAGGACCUCCAGGCCCAUCUGCUGUACCUAGAAGACUUAGUAGACUUGACCCUGAAGGAUCAGGCUCUGGUGACCUUGACAGAGACCAUGAGCUUUUAAGAGGUCUACCUGGGCCUCCAGGCCCUCCUGGAUUACCUGGUCUCCCAGGAAAACCAGGGCCAGAUUCAAAUACAGGCCCCCCUGGAUCACCUGGGCAAGAUGGGAAAAAUGGAGCUUCUGGCGAACCAGGCCUUCCAGGUCCCACAGGUCAUCCUGGUCUUCAUGGAAUGGUAGGUCCUCCAGGGGUAAAAGGAGAAAAGGGUGAUCCAGGUCUUCCUGGUUCCAUUGGUCCAAAGGGAGAUGCUGGAGAUAUUGGAGCACCAGGUCUAAAAGGUGAAGCAGGUGCUGAUGGACAGCCUGGGAAACCCGGACUACCAGGACUCCCGGGACCCCCUGGCCCAGGCUAUGGCUUUGGAUUUGAGGAUAUGGAAGGGUCAGGGAACAUCGGUUUGUUAAGUGAGCCCAGAACCCUAGGAUCCAGAAGACCACAUGGUCCGGUAGGGGAGAUCGGACAACGUGGGCCAAUGGGACCAAAGGGAGAAAAAGGUGAUGCUGGUCCACCAGGCCUGACAGGUUUAAAGGGAAUACAAGGUGCAAGUGGAAAACCUGGAUUUCCUGGUGUUUCUGGACGCCCUGGAAAUGAAGGUCCAAAAGGGGAGAAAGGAGACACAGGACCCAAGGGUGAGCGAGGACAGGAUGGUGCCAGUAUUGGGGGACCGCCAGGUUUACCAGGACCGCCAGGACCAAUCGUAGCAAUUCCAGAGCUACUACUGAACAAUACAGAUGGAAUUUUUAACUUUACUGGAAUUGAAAGACUUCUUGGGCCUCCAGGGCCAGAUGGCAAGCCAGGUCUACCAGGAUUUCCCGGUCCCCAGGGACCAAAAGGUGAUGCUGGAUUACCUGGACUGCAAGGGCCAAAAGGACAACAGGGUGAAAAGGGGGAACCAGGAUUUAACAUUGCUGCUGAUGGAUCUCUAACAAAAUCGAUGAGAAGAAAAGGGCAGAAGGGUGAACCUGGAGUAUUUGGACCAGCAGGACCAAUGGGACCAAUAGGACCUUCAGGACCCAAAGGAGAACUUGGUUUUCCAGGACGACCUGGCCGCCCAGGAUUGAAUGGUCUGAAAGGUGUGAAAGGUGAAAAAGGCGAAACAUAUGGUCCUCCUGGCUUGCCUGGACCUCCAGGACCUCCUGGGCCACCGGGACGUAUAGCAUACAUUAAAGGAACAGUUUUCCCAGUUUCUCCCAGACCACACUGCAAAAUGCCCGUGAGCACUGUUUACCCUGGAGACCAGAGCAGUCUUAACAUUCAUGGUUUUAAAGGAGAGAGAAACUCCUGGGGACUGAAUGGCCCUACCGGCUUAAAGGGUGAAAAAGGAGACCAAGGCUCCCCUGGUCCACCAGGUCCUUCUUUACCUUCAUCACAUUUCAGCCACUUUAUUAACAGCAUAAAGGGUGAGAAAGGAGACAGUGGAGAGCCUGGCUUAAAAGGAGAAAAGGGGGAGCCAAGUGGAGGGUUCUUUAUGACAGGGCCUCCUGGGCCCCCAGGAAGACCUGGACUUGUUGGACCAAAGGGGGACUCCGUUGUUGGGCCCAGAGGGCCCACAGGAUUACCUGGCCUGCCUGGGUCUCCAGGGUAUGGAAAAGUUGGCCCUCCUGGCCCACCAGGUCCUCCUGGGCCCCCAGGACCUCCAGCAAUAUAUGGCUCAGCAGCUGCAAUUCCAGGGCCACCAGGGCCUCCAGGAGAACCAGGAUUGCCAGGGACCAGGAACCUGGUUACAACAUUCAGAAAUAUUGAGGGUAUGCUGCAAAAGGCUCACUUGGUGGCAGAAGGAACAUUAAUCUAUCUGCGUGAAAACAGCGAGGUCUUUAUCCGUGUUCGAAAUGGCUGGAGAAAAUUGCAGCUGGGAGAAUUAAUUCCCAUCCCUGCUGACAGCCCUCCUCCUCCAGCAGUUUCAAGCCAUGGCUUUCAGUCUCUUCCAGCACUGACUACUUUUUCCAAUAUUGACACUGGAAAACCAUCACUGCAUCUGGUGGCUUUGAAUUUCCCAUUUUCUGGCGACAUGCGAGCAGAUUAUCAGUGCUUUCAACAGGCCCGGGCAGCAGGUUUAACGUCAACAUACAGAGCUUUCCUCUCAUCACAUUUGCAAGAUUUGUCCACAGUUGUGCGAAAAGCAGACAGAUACAGUUUACCAAUAGUUAAUCUUAAGGGAGAAAUACUCUUCGCUAACUGGGAAUCCAUAUUUACUGGCAAUGGGGGUGAGUUCAACAUCCAGAUUCCAAUAUACUCCUUCGAUGGGAAGAAUGUCAUGGCAGAUCCAGCUUGGCCUCAGAAAAUAAUGUGGCAUGGCUCAACUGCAAAUGGGAUCCGACUAGUUAGCAACUACUGUGAAGCUUGGCGUACGGCUGAAAUCGCGGCUGUGGGACAAGCAUCACCACUGAAGGCUGGGAAGCUCCUGGAUCAAAAAGCCUACAGCUGUAGCAACAGGUUUAUUGUUCUCUGUAUUGAAAACAGUUUCAUAUCUGAUAUCCAAAGAAAAUAAGUCAUCUAUGCACAUAAAAACAUUCAGUUAUAUUCUAUAAAAGUUGACACUGAAAUUGUUAA